AUGUUAGCUUCAGGUACGACUGAUGAGGAUGUGUUUGGCCGACAGAUACAGGGCAAUUCGAAGCAUGGGCCUAGAGGCGGAGGUGUAUGUGUGGAUAAUGAGGGGCUUGCGCGCAAGUGGCGAAAGUCGGUGGAAGACGGCCUGAUGCGUGAAAUAUUGAAUGUGUUACCAGAUCUCAAUGUCUGGCGUCACCGGUUAAAUGUAUACAGUAAGAAGGAUUGA